CAAAUGUGUGUAAAUGUGUAAUUCAACAGGACUAAAAUAAAACAAGCGAAAAAUGAACAAAACGAUAAACAGAUGGUUUCAGUUUGUCGUUUGCUAUAUAGUUUUCAGAUGUUUUUGCAGAGGUGAAAUCAAUCUUGUACCAAGAAAUGUUCCUUGGGAGAAUGAACAGUGGACUCUAGAUUGUUCUCUUGAUAGAAUAGAAAAUACUGUUUCAAUAAUUAAUCCUAAAGCUGAAACUGUUGGAAAUUGCGAUCCUGCAAGCGGUGGUAGGCCGUCGGCAUGCCAUCCAGCUGAUGGCUACACAUUUGUUAUAAACGUUAACAUUGUCUCUAUGACAAGGAAAAUAUUUAAUAAUGAAACUGGAGCGUGGACUUGUCAGCAUUCAGAAGAUUCCGCAAAAUAUAACCUACAGUCUCCGCUUCCAAGAAGACAUUACGCCACUUCGUUCACCAGUUAUGAAAUACAUUGGAUGAGUGCGACACCUGGUUCAGAAUUAACAACUGACACAGUACAUACCUUCUCUGUCCAUUGUGGGUGCAUGUCAUCUAGACUGAAGUUUGUUUGGAUGAUUGUGUCUGGUACAUCAUUGCAGCCUAUUGUAUCAUAUGAGGACACGUCUAAUACCAUUUCUACCAAUUUCACAUGCACUACAGACUCAGCUUAUAAGAGCAUUGUAUACACAAAUAUGUCUAUUCUUCAAACUGUUCCGCCAACGGGUUCUAAAUUAAAAGUUACUGUUUAUGUGGAUGGAUAUUACAACAUUACAGCAGUAGAUUUCACGUAUAACGUCACAUUUUCACAUAGUAAGAGUCCUGGAAAUGAUGUAGGAUUAAGAAAUAGUAAACUGGUGGGAUUUAGUACUUUAACUUGUUUUGGUGACAACUUGGACCAGUCUAAUGAAGGCAUUACAGACAAGUCUGAAAGACUGCUUAGACCACGUAUUUUAAUUUCAUUGCGAUGUUGUAGUGAAAUGUACAGAUAUGUGUUGUAAAUAAUUCAUGGGUGUGUCUUUUCACGUGACUGUUAUUUCUAUGUGAUGAUUUGUUUGUAAAACCUUCUCUACUUUUAACAUAACUGACCACAUUCUUUAUAAUGUUGACUCCUUCCAAAACAUAUUCAUCACUGUGCCUUCACUUAUAAAUAAUUGACAAUCCCUAGUCUACGAAUAAAACAUGAAUACAAUCAAAACAUAGAAUUUUAAUCAAAAUUUCAAUCUGAAUUAAAUUUAUCUAUCACAACUACGAUAUAGAAAAAACAUAAUUAGUUAUAUUUUUUAUUCAACAAGAAUACUAACCCUUUGAAAUGUACAUUUAACAAAUCAGGUAUAUUAAAGGCAAAAAAACCCAACUAAUUCGGGUAGUUUUGGUAUCAAAUGAAAUAGUGUUUAGGAGUAUUGAAUUCAACUUAUAAAGUAAGUGACUAUGAAUUAGGUGUAUAUUCCAUACUUUUAUAUACAUUUUAAAGUAACAUGUAGAUAAAUGAUAUCAUCAGUAAUAUGACAUUUUUACUUCAUUCUAAUUACAUUGUACAGUUAGAACGUAAACAAGUAUACUUCAACAUAACGAUCAUUAUGAGAAUAUAGUUAUUUGUGACAUUGGACAUUAAGUUUUGGAGUUACCACAUAUGGUAGAUUGUGACUUGGCAAAUAAGGAUUUGUGUUUAUCACAUAAAUACAUUUAAAACUACAAAAUGUUUGUGAAAAUUACUGUUGUUACCAACUUUAUUUUAUUCUGUUUUUUAAUGUUUAAAAUUGCCAAUCAAUACAAUAAGAAAUAAAUAUACUACAGCUAUUCAUGCUAUUAACAGCUAAUCAUGCUAAUAGUAUUAAACAGUAGAAGAUGUAAUUUAUGACACAUAUAAACAAAAAAAGCAGAUUUUAUAAAUGCAUUUUGAAAAAAAAUACUAUAAAGAUUACACAUACCUGUCUGAGGAUUCAAAUCUCAAAAUUGGUAUUGAUACUGAGAGUGUAGAAAAGAUGGAGGUUUGUUGCAAAUAUUAAUCAGGAGAUUCCUUUGUUUAUGAAAAGAUAAUGAUAAACGUAAAGGCGAAUGUACAUGAGAAACUAAACAAAGCCAGGAUUGGUAUUCUUGAUGGUCAAAAGGGGAGAUAAGCGACUAAUGUUUAUCAUGUAUGAUAUUUUUAUUAAUUUAUUUAAUA